UAUUGAUGCUGCAGGCGGAGAAGUCGGGACUCCACGGGGUGAACAGUAACAGCCGGCGGGUGGGGAAGGAGGCUCAGGCGGCCUCAGGAAGCAGUCGCUGCUCCGGGCGCUCGCUCCCGCAGCCGGGGGCUCCUCCUGGCCGGCCUCUGGCAGCGCGGUCCCGGGCCGUCAUGCUGCCAUGUCCGAGCUCCGAGCGCGGCCUCACCUAUGGGAGGGAAGGGAGGAGGACGGUGAGCGGCGGCCAGGCUCCGCCCCGCAGCGCGGCCGUCGGGAGCGCGCGGACCCCAAAGCCAAGUGUGCGGCGGCUAGGGCUGCUCCCCGCCCUCCCCAGCCCGGGCCGCCACUCCCUGUCCCAGGGAAGCCCGCUGAGGGAGCGCGUCCCGGUGUCGGAGCAGAUGGCUGCCCUUCGCAGCGCAGGUCCCGGCUGCCUUUGUUCCGACUUCUCCCUUCCCGAGCUCUCACACGGUGUGUGGCGUGGCGGUUCCCUUAUCUGCCGCCGGCCGGGGUGGGGGCGGGGGAAUCCUGCACCCGACCCAGGCGCACCCUACGGCCCUGGAGCUCCCGCCUCCACACUCUUGGGACCGGGCUCCCGCUCCAGCAUCUCUUACUAGAAAAGGUCAACACCGCGGAGAUCCAGAUACAUCUAGAGAGGGCUGGCAGGCAAUGAACCCUGGCAGCAGACGGGCUCUGGUUUUAUAAAGCUCACAGGGACCCUCUGCCCGCCGUCUUGGUACUAGAUGAAGUAAGUUUUGAAACACGCGCACCAAAAGCUUUUGCUUAGAGAGAGAGAGAGAGAGCGCGUGCAGCAACACCCACUUUUAUUGCCUGGGAAUCAAAUUAGUAGCAGAGACCUAAGAGUGAGGGUUUGCUUCACAGGUAAAUAAGAAUAUAAAAGUAAACACUUCCAUGAAAAAUAACAACACACUGUUCCCCAAACUUAUUUUUAUUCAUUUCUCACAGGGUGAUUUCUGGACAAAAACACUACCCUAAUUAAAACUCAUAGAAGAAAAAAUAAGAAAGCCUUGAAGAGUUCAUGACUUACUCACUUGGGGAAAUUAUUCAAAACAGAGGCAUUAAUGACCACUGACUAAUAAGAAUCAUCAUUACCACAGAGUAGACUUGUUGACAACAGAAAAUGGCCUAGGAAGAAUGCACUCCUUGAACCAUCCCAAUUCAGCCCCUGUGCCUCUGCCUGAGCCUCCCUUCACCCUAGGUCUGCAACUCAACAUGCCCAUUGUUUCUGGUCUCACAAGGGCUCAUUCUCUUCCCAGGGACAAAUGGCUUCAUUACCAGAGGGCUUUGCUCUAACAGCUCAAACCUCCUUGAGAGGGAACUGAGCCCUGAAACAGGGGUACCGUGCUCCUGGGCUGUCCCAUCUACUGUCCCUUCUUCUAGGUCAGGAAGAAUCACACAGUUCACAUCUGACAUCUGGACACAAAGCUGUGUCGUGAAUGAUUAGACACUGUUAACUGAGGUCAUGUCAACCUCAUGAGAAUCACAAAGAGCCCCCUGGUGUGCUGGCAGUGAGGUGGGGCAGGGAGUUAUUGAAGAGGAAGGCCAGUGGGGAAAUAAGAAAGCCCAGAGCCAAAGCUUCGUCACCACUCUAGUUGACAUGCCAGUGAGAGAUUACUAUUUAUCUCAUAAAACAUGGCACAUUCAAAAAUCCUCACAUCAUUAUAGUUACCCAAGAUGCUGUUUUAGGAAAUUACCUAACAUAGCACUAAGGACACAGGCCCUUCAUAAUUGUCAGUGUGCAUGCGUAUGCGUGUGUGUGUGUGUGUGUGUGUGUGUGUGUGUGUAGUGCAGCUCUGCUGAGCACUGGUGAAGGGAGGAGAGGCUUCCACUCUAAGAGUUUUGGGUCCUGUCGGGUCUGGGUUCCAAGCCCAGCUCCACCACGCAAUGGCCAAGCGGACGCCUCAGCUUCCUCACCUACCCCCAUGGCAAGGGUUAGGUAUCCUGCUUCACAGUGUUGUUUUGAGAAACUAUCACGAAUCUGUCAGAGGACCUCGGUGUCUGGCAGAGUCAGCACUCAGUAACUAUCACCUCCUUUCCCUCAGAAGCCUUUCCCUGAACAAGAGGACACGGGUCAGACAACAGUGUGACGGCCGGAAGCCGAGGGCAGGUGACAGAAACUUGGCCACUACAUGCAGACAAACAUUGAGCAGGUGCUUUUUAGAGACGGGUGACGUCACUUGCGCCAGCCUCCCAGUGACCCACGUGACUCGAAUGACCAGCACGCUUCCGAGCAGACUGCAUUUUGCGCCCACGUCACUGGAGCUUUCUUUGGCAGCAUGGUCUCCAAACCAGGAUCUUCUAGAAGCACAAGAGGAUUAGAUGGGGUGGCCAGUGAGACUUAAACGGACAAGAUGGGGAGAAGUUUCUGGGAAAGCUAUUUAAAAGGACCUGCUCUGUCACACAAACACACACACACACAAAAGCAACUAUGUGAGGCGGAGAAUGUGUUCAUUAACUUAGUGGUGGGAAUCAUCAUGUUGUAACCUUAAAUUUAUUAUUUGUCACUUAUACAUCGAUGAAACUGAGGGGGAAAAACACCCUGAUCAGAACAAAGUACCCGAUUCAGCUCUGACACUAGCUUUUCCCCUUUGGGGAAAAUGACCAUGAAAGCUCUGCUGGGGACUUACCACAUGAUACACCUGGUACUAGUGACUGUGGAGCAAGAGGACAGAAGGCACCUGCAUCCGUGACAACAUCCUGAUCAGCCUGUCUUGGGACUCCUUAUUACCCGAAAACAACACAACUCCUAGUUCGCUUAAAGGACUAUAAGUGGGCUUCCGUUCACUGGCAAGUGCCGCUCUCAACGGACUGACUAGGACUACUUUAAAAAAAAAAAA